AUGCCCGAAAUGACUGAAGAAUUGCCUGAAGAGAGUGUCAAGCGCAUAGAAGAACCGGCCAUCUCGUUGAAGAAAAUCGCCCAACUCGAAGCCGAUUUGGAAGGAAUGGAAAAGGGCAAAGACAUCGAGAUGAGUCGAUGGACAGCAAAAAUCGCUCAAAUCAAGGCGGAUUUGAAAAUCGCGAAGUUAGAGGCUGAUUUGGUUGACGAAAGGGAGAGGAAUCGAGAAUUGGAAAGGAAAAUCGCCGAGACGAAAAGGAUGAACAAAGAUCUCGAAGCACAAUUAAGCGACCCAAAUACGGAAGUGAGAGACGGGAAAGCCAAGAUUGGAGAGCUCAACGGGAAAAUCGCCGCUUUGCAGAGCAAGAACUCUGGACUCGAAACCCAAAUAGAAUCUGUAAGGGAAAAUAUGGUUCAAAUCGAGGCGAAUUUAAUGCAAGAAAUCGCGAAGUUGGAGGCCGAUUUGGUUAACGGAAGGGAGAGAAAUCGAGAAUUGGAAAGGAAAAUUGCCGAGACGAAAGGCAAGAACGAUGGUCUCGAAGCACAAUUAAGGGAGCAAAAUACAGAAGUGAAAGAAGGAAAAGCCAACAUUGGAGAGCUCGAAGGGAAAAUCAACGCGUUGCAGAGCAAAAUCUCUGGCUUUGAGACCCAAAUAGAAUUUGAAAGAGAAAACAAAACGGUCGAAAUCGCGAAUUUGCAGGCAGAUUUAAAUCGAACGAUGACUUUCUUGGAUCUGGAUGGAUGGUCGUAUUUGGCAAAAAACGCUUGGUACAAGGUUAUCGAUCAAAAAAUGACAUUUGAUGAGGCCGUGGCAUAUUGUGCAAGUCGGAAGAGCCAUUUAGUCUCAAUUCACAGUCAAGUAGAGAACGAUUUUCUUCGGAGAUUCUCGAGAGCUAUUCGUUCGAAGGAAACGUUCUGGUUCGGACUGAAGAGAAAUCCGAACAAAGGAAGUGCUUUUGAAUGGACGGAUGGAAGCGCGGUGGAUUUUACGAAUUGGGGAGAAGGAGAGCCGGAUUCGGGCACUCACGCUGCGCUUCACGGGCCCGAGGGGAAAUGGACAGUCCAUCCUCCUACCAAUACGUAUCGUUUUAUCUGCAAAAGGAGCUAUAAAUUC